AUGAAUAGAUCAGAUUUACAACAAUUUGCAGCAUCAUCUUCAUCUCAUUUUCGUAACCGUUUUCCAAAAUCAUUUUCUCUUCGUAAGAAAGUACCAUGGUGGUACCAAAUACUUCAUCCACGUUCAAAGUUCAUUGCACAAUGGAACCUUACAUUCCUCUAUGCAUGUCUAUUUGCUCUUUUUUUGGAUCCUCUUUAUUUCUAUAUUCCGAUUACCGGAGACAAAGCUUGUAUGCAGACGGAUUUGGUUCUCGGUGUGGUUGUCACGUUCUUGCGUACCGUGGCUGAUCUAUUCUUCUUGUUUCAUGUGGUUCUUAAGUUUCGUACCGCGUUCAAUUCUCCUACCUCUCAUGUUUAUGGUCGGAAAGAACUUAUUAGUGAUCCGACUGAGAUUGCCCGGAGAUAUCUCAAGCAUGAUUUUGUUAUUGAUCUUCUCGCCACCCUUCCUUUACCUCAGAUCGUUAUUUGGUUUAUAGUUCCGGCUACAAAAAAUUCAACGGCAGCUCAUGUAAACCACACAUUGUCGCUAAUCGUUCUCAUUCAGUACAUUCCUAGAUUGUUUCAGAUUUUUCCUUUACAACGCCGAAUCUUGAAGACUAGCGGGCUUAUAGCAAAAACUGCUUUGGCAGGAGCAUUAUACAAUCUCGGUUUCUACAUGCUCGCCAGCCAUGUUUUAGGAGCAACAUGGUAUGUGACUUCUAUUCAAAGACAAUAUGAAUGUUGGAGAAUAAUGUGCAAGAAGGAAAUGAAUAGAACACAUUCUCCUACUUGUAAUCCUGAUUUUCUUGAUUGUACUUCUCUUACUAACCAAGCAAGACAAGCUUGGUUUCGACGAACUCGAGUCCUAACUAAUUGUGAUGCACUCAAUGAUAAAAACAUAUUUCAGUUUGGAAUGUUUGCUGAUGCUUUUACUGAUCAUGUUUCUUCCUCAAAAUUCAUACAAAAAUAUUUUUACUGCCUUUGGUGGGGUUUGAAAAAUCUAAGUUCCUAUGGACAAAACAUUCAAACUAGUACUUAUAGUGGUGAAACAUUAUUUUGUAGUUUCAUUUGCAUAGCAGGACUUAUUCUGUUUGCACAUCUCAUUGGUAACAUGCAGAAUUAUCUGCAAUCUUCGACCGCAAGACUUGAAGAGUGGAGACUUAGGCAAAAAGAUACAGAAGAAUGGAUGAAUCAUCGUCAACUUCCUCCAGAACUGCAGGAACGCGUUCGUCGCUUUGUUCAGUACAAAUGGCUUGCCACUAGAGGUGUUGACGAAGAAGCCAUUUUGAAAUCCUUGCCUGUUGACCUUCGCCGCCAGAUUCAAAGGCAUCUCUGUCUUGAUAUUGUUCGCCGAGUACCUUUUUUCGGGCAAAUGGAUGAUCAACUUCUAGAUGCUAUAUGCGAACGGCUAGUUUCAUCAUUGAACACGAAAGACUCAUAUAUAGUUAGAGAAGGUGAUCCAGUUAGAGAGAUGCUUUUUAUCAUCAGAGGAAGUAUAGAAAGUUCUACAACAGAUGGUGGUAGAACAGGAUUCUACAAUUCAAUCACACUAAAACCGGGCGAUUUUUGUGGCGAAGAAUUGCUAACAUGGGCUUUAAUGCCAGCAUCUAGUCUUAGCCUUCCAUCUUCUACAAGAACUGUAAAGUCAAUAACUGAAGUUGAAGCAUUUGCACUUAGAGCAGAAGAUCUCAAAUUUGUGUCGAGCCAAUUUAAGCGCCUUCAUAGCAAGAAACUUCAACAUGCUUUCAGAUACUAUUCUCAUCAGUGGAGAGCUUGGGGGGCUUCUUUUAUACAAGCGGCGUGGAGGCGUCACCGCAAGCGACAAUUGGCAAUGGAGUUGUUGGAAAAAGAGAACUUGCUUUAUGAUGAGAGUGGUGGAGGAGAAAGUUCCAUGGGAAUGGAAGAGGAUAGUGCUAGCCAUGGACAAAAUUUUGGGGCUACAUUUUUGGCUUCAAAAUUUGCUGCUAACACUAGGAAAGGAGCAGUUAAAAAGGUUGCAAUAAUUCCUGAUAGUAGCAGUUUGAAGAUGCCUAAGAUGUUUAAGCCAACAGAGCCUGAUUUCUCAACAUUUCACGAAGAUUAA